CCUGAGUUGUUUUUUGCACAGAAGGAGCUGCUUUGCAGAGAUUUGGGGGUGUGUGUGUAGUGGGGCUUUAUUUUCCUUAAAUCACUCGUUUCCUUUUUUUUUUAUUUGUCCCGCUUUUCGUUAUGGUGCAUAAGUUAGAUUGGUGUUCUUUUUAAUAUACCUAAAACUUGAUUUUUUUAAAAAGCGAAGACAAUAAAAGAAAGUUCAAGCCUUUUAUGUUUUUAAAAUUAAUCGUUCUGAGUAAUUAAUACGAAUUUUACGUGAACAGCUAUGUUAUUGACGGAUAACCAGGUCAGUCUGAGCGUUUUUACAUCGGUAACGGACACAACGGAUGAGCCGAUACAAGCCGCAGUUCUUCCUUCUGUAGAGCUGGGACUGACCGUCGUUUAUACUAUCCUAUAUUCGCUGCUGUUUGUAUUUGUGUACCUGCAACUCUGGCUUAUUUUGCACUAUGGUCACAAACGGUUCAGCUACCAGAGUGUCUUUCUCUUCUUGUGUUUGCUGUGGUCAGCGCUUAGGACUACAUUAUUUUCUUUUUACUUCAAGAACGUGGUUCAGGCUAACCAACUGCAGCCUCUGCCUUACUGGCUUUUGUACUGUUUCCCCGUAUGUCUACAGUUCUUCACGUUGUGUCUGCUAAAUCUUUACUUUGCACAGGUAAUGUUUAAAGCCAAAGCUAAGUAUUCCCCAGAACUCAACAAAUACAAGGUGCCACUGCGGCUGGCCUUCCUGUUUGUCAGCCUGUUCUUCCUGGUGGUGAACGUGACUUGUGCUAUGCUGGUACAGGGCAGUGUAUCGGAGGGUCAGCUGAAACACACCGUGCUGGUGCGGGUGCUCAUCAAUGACAGCCUCUUUGUGCUCUGUGCUAUCUCGCUGGCUGUCUGCAUCUUCAGAAUUGCCAAGAUGUCCUCUGCCAACGUCUACCUCGAGUCCAAGGGCACGUCUGUAUGCCAGGCGACUGCUAUUGGGGCUGUAGUGAUUUUGCUGUACACCUCCAGGGCCUGUUACAACCUGGUGGUGGUGGCCCUUUCCCCAGAGGACCGACCAAGCUCUUUCAAUUAUGGCUGGUACAAUGUGUCCGAUCAGGCUGACGUGGAGAAGAUCAACGGGGAGGCCUACAUAGUGUUUGGGAUUAUCCUGUUCUUCUGGGAGCUCCUGCCCACCAGUCUGGUGGUGGUGUUCUUCAGAGUACAGCGGCCCAACCAGAACCUGGCUCCAGGGGGCAUGAUAAACAGCCACAGCUUCAGCUCCAGGGCCUAUUUCUUUGAUAACCCCCGGCGCUACGACAGUGAUGAUGAUCUAUCCCGCAGCCUGGGCUCUCGAGGGGAGAGGAGCAGCAUCCUGUCCUCCACGCCGCAGGCCGGACCCAGCUGGUACGGGACGAUCCGGAGGAACGGCAGCUUGACCGUGGUGCCGCACCUGCUCAACGGGCCCCCCGCCGCCACCGCACCCUUGCUCUUGGUUUAUGGCAAUAUCCAGACCAGCCAGCACCACAACUACUACUCCACCCCACAGAACUAGCUUUCUGCCUGGGAAGAACCCGCCGCCCUGCUGGAUCGCCGCUGCACUCUAUAUUUCCCACCAGCACAUGCCCAGCGAAGGUAACUCCCCACUCUGCAGAUUUCUGACACCUUUCGUCUGACCUGGCAGCUCUCGAAAGCGUCUUGAAGCUCUGGGGGCUUAGCCAAGUGAGGCCGUCAGGAUCGACCGCAGAUGGCUUGGCUCCUUGAGGGCUUAACUGGGUUAUUUCUUUUGCUUUCCUUACGAUCUAGUAAUUUAUUAUAGUCCAGAGUGGUUACGGGGGUGUGGAGGGAAUAGAAUAAUUUCUUGUUUGCUCAAGCGUAUGAAAAUGUUAACUCUGCAGGUGACGGGUUUCGUACAAAAAGCAAGUAUUUGAAAACAGCACCUUGUUUUCCCCUGUCAGGGACUUUACUGGAUAAUGAACUGAGGGAUGGAGGUCUUGCUGUUUCUUAUCCUUCUUUCCCCACAAACAUUUUGUCCAUGGGUCUGUCUUUGUGGUUUAAUAUUUUGGUACUUUUGGAGUUGCAUAGGCAGCAUCUGGCCCCAGAGCUUCCUAUGCAUACAGACACAUAGACACACUUUUAUAAGCUGGGAUGCGAUUUUUGCACUUCAAUCCUGCACAUUACCAUUCUGAUCAAACAGCUUCCUUCCUGAAUGUAAGGCACCUUUUCUGCUGAUUAUGAAUAGCAGAGCUCUGGUGAGGGGGUUUCUGGGCUAGUGAUGGCAAGAUCAAGGAAUGCCACAGUGCUGACAGCAGAUGGACUGGCAAAGCAGCCUGAGCUUCCUGUUUUACUGGGACUGGUGAGCGCAAAGAAAAAAAAGAGGAAAGCCACUUCUGCCAAAGAGCCCAAGGUUGCAACUGGAAAUGGGCUGAAGCUUGGAGGUCAUCUCAAUAAGCUCCCUCACAGAAGAAACUGCACAGAAUCUGGUCAUAGUGUUCUCUUGAGAGCCCAAUUUACACUGACCAUAAGGUGUAUUGGGCAUUUCCCUAUUCAGUUUGGAGAAUUUUCACUCAUGAGAAAGUGUACUGGCAGUUUGAGGAGAGUAUUUCAACUGAAUGAAUGUAUCCUAACAGAUCGCCUUUAAACAAGUGAUCUGAUGCGUAGUAGAGGGUGCUCUGUUACACCUUUGGUACUGUGAGACAUAACAAUCCUUUCUAGCAAUUAAAUGUUAUCAUUUCUAAAAGACCCCCACUCCUUUGGGUUUAUCUCAACUUAGAUGUACUUUAAUAUAAAGGACUUUCAAUUAAUACAGUGACUAUUGGACACCAUCUUCUAGUAUAUAUCUCUUGUAUGUGUCAAAAAUAUCUAGCCUGUUUAUACAGUAGUUUACAGCAUUGAGCUCAUCACAAUCUCAACACCUGAAAUUGUGCCAUUGCUUCACAUACAUGUCUUUAUAAACCGAUGCACUAAAUUAUGUAUAUAUUGCAAACCAUAGUAAGCUGUAUUGUAUCCUUGGUUCUGUAUGACUUUCUUCCUUUUGUUCAUUACAACUAAUUCACACUGCUAGGUACGGAUUUGCACUGCAAUAGUUCAGAAUGAGCAAAACGGUACAAUAGCUUAAUGAAGCAGGCCCACCAUGGAGUGGGGCAUUUUUUUUACUCAAUUGGAAGCAAGGGGCUGUGGGAAGUGUUUUUUGUCAGGGUUUAGGAAUUGUAUGUUUCAUGUUGAUCGUUGAUUUCAGCUGCAUGCUACUGGACAGUGUUUACAACAUGCAGUGAUAUACAAGAAUUGUGAUAUAGGCAAAAGGUUUUGUAUUUUUGUAAAAUGUUGUACUGACACUGCAUAGGUUUUUCUAUCUCAUGGAGGACGGCUGAGGCACAAUACAUAAAUUCUUGUAGGGAAAAGAUAAAUGCUUUCGCUGGUCAAAUGCAAUCCUUAGUAUUUUAUCUUUUUUAUUUUCUUGCCAUUUUGUGCAUUGUCAUUCAUAUAUCGCUGUUAAUUCAACUUACUGACUUAUUGGCUGUUGCAGACUUCUAACAAUUGUUCUGAGGUACCUUUCUUUUGCCAUUCUUUUAAAUAACUGAGUUGUAAUGUGAGGCCACAGACCUAAAAUUCCUAGAACCUUUCACAAGCCCUUUGAAGUGAAAUGGUCAAAUAGGAUGAUUAAAACCUUGCAUGCAGUAUUAUUAAGUGGGCUAGUCACCUGUUUCUUGUGUUCAGAAACUAAAAUGUAUCUGUUUGAUCUUCUGUGAUUAUGAAAACUAGACCUGUUUCUACUUGUUUUUUUGUGAAAAACCUUUUUUUCCCCUCAAACUAAGGACCUAUAAGUACAAGUAGAAGAUGGUAUUGCCUUUUUGAAGAAUGUUGGAAGUUUGGGGUUAGCUAAAGUUGAAGUUGGCACAGCUCCACUGUGGAAACCAAAGUAAUCUAGCAUUUGGAGUAGCGACAUACUUAAUCACGAGUGGACAGUUGUGUAAGUGGACUUCACAUGAGAAGCCAGUGAGUGAAGGGCAUAGGGGCUACUUUGCCAUCACCUCUCUCUCUCAGGGCAGUGCGGAGACACAUCAGCUAUUCUGUAACCUGCUCCCUGACCACGUGCUCAUUUCCAUAUCCAGGGGCAUACAAUCAGUACUCUUCUUGAGCAAUAAUACUGUACAUUCCCUAUAUAGGAAGAAUAUUUUUAAAGCUGUUUCAGCUUCACUGUGUGCAAGGUAUGGAAAAUUAUUUGCUGUCAAAUUGUGGCUAGGCAAGGUUAGCUCAUUAAAAGCAGCAGACCUCAUAGUCAUGUUUCUCAAGGAUGGCAAGAAAAGGUAUAGGGGCAGCUUGCUCUUUUUUCAUUUUUUUGUUUCACUGGCAGGGAGAGGUGCUCUUCUUGUCAAAUCUGAAUAUGCAUUUUCCCAGAGAAAGCUCUAGUGAGUUUUGUCUAGAUCUGUAUGAAUGACUGAUGUCCCUGAUUUAACGUCUGCUAAAAGCACACUAUCCAUCUGUGUGGACAAGGUCAAAUUAAUCAAAACAGAUCUAGGAAAUUUAGUUUAAAUUUUCUUUUCAAAUUUCAUUCUUUGUUACAUCCUGGGCAAAUCACAUUAGAUGAAGUAACUCUUUCACUCUGGAAUAUCCUUGUUUUAAUUGAAACCCUGUUCAUUAUUUAAAUAAAACUUUUUUCAGCGGAUGUUUCCUCUGUUGAUCAGAUGGGUGCAUCUCACUGUGUGAUGCACUUAAUAUGAACUUUAAAUCGAAACGUUUGAGAUAAUGAUCCACUUUGCUGUGCAGAAUGGGACAUUGGCAUUUUCUCGACUGUCAUAGCAGCUUUCUGCCUUCAGAAUGGAGGCAUUAGUUAUUUGCACCCUGUAUGUGAUACCUGCAUUUGUGUGAACACUUUCAGAAGGCUUUUAGUUCGAAGAGUGAGAGCACCCUGUUAUUCCAUGCAGUUUCUUUCGUGUUUGAUGCUUUCUUUUUCCUGCAGUUAUGCUGCUGCCCCCACUCAUGAACAGAUGUGCCCUUGUGAUGACUUUUUGUGAAGCGUUUUGUUAACAAUACUGGAUCGGUUUAACUCUCUUCUUCAUGUAGACCAUACCAUUGAGACAUUUCUUGAAAGAUUGCAUUUCAGCCUUGGUUGAAAUCUUUGGAUUUGAGGGCUGGUAUCUUCAAGCAAACUUACAGCUUUGUCUCUGGCUAGUCAGUGGGAAUCACAAGCAUGUUUUCACUCUUUCUAAAUUAGACAUUAGGAUUUGAAAUGUAACAGGAUCUUUACAUGCUUGCUGGAAAGCAAAACUCCAUAGCUUGAUUUCUGCUGAGAGGAAGCAGACAAAGAGCUUUUCUCUUUCUUUUUAAAGGGACUUCGAUAUCGGCUGGAUUCCAUUAUUGCUUGAAGUGUAAUGAACCACAUCUGUUGACAUGAAUGGAAGUAAGAGUUAUGUUGUGCAGCUGUGACAUGUUGCCAUGUAAUUGUGCUCUAGUUGUAAUGAGAACCCACAUUAUUACAUUCUUGAGUUAUACAACCUGGAUAUCGUCUUUCUACAGUAUCCAGUGUAAGGUUUUUGGCAUUAGAUACUAUUUGCAUAGCUCAGUAGUGAACAACAAACUGAGCCCACUCAAAAGAAAAUAUUUUAUUAAAAUGUAAGACUAAACUUGUGCGUUUUACCCUUGCUUUAAAACUGUCACUACCUUUGCAUUUACCAUUUAGUCUAAAGCCAAUUUAAAAUUGGUAGGUUCUACAGUGAGGGUGGCUUUGUAAUCAUUAAAUUGUUAGUGUGCAUUUUACUCUUCGCUCCUGUUCUGUUGGUUUCGUUUUCCUGUCACUGUUACAUUUCAGAACGUAGGGGUGCUCCUGAGUGCCUCAACUGGUUAAGGCGCUUGCCAGGCACAGGUUAACUCGUGUGAUCAGGGCUUUGAGCCUGGGUCGUGUCUCUAGCUGACCAUGACUUCGCUGUGACCUGGCUGUCAAACAGAGGCACACAGUUGAGCCCAGGAUUGUCUCAGCUCUCUGUAACGCCUGUGCCCUCCCAGUCCCUUAUGGGCAUGCCAUGCUGUCGGUGAAAGACAGUGGGCUCUGAACCUCAGGCAUGGGACCAUGUUGCCUGUGGCCUAUUCAAAGAGGAGUGUCUCAAAGCUGGCUGGUCGGAGGAGUUGGCCUGCAUUUUCUAAUUCAGCCCUGUGCGAGACCAUGGAUAUCAUACCUCAUAGCUAAGAUGAAAAACAUACUUUGGUUGUUCUAAACGGGGUUGGCAUAACACAAAUACUUGGCGAGUUUAAAAAAAAGAGUUGUGUGAAUGUCAGAGUGGGCAGUAUGAAACCUUCUCCAACUUCAGUAAAUAGCUACAUGCCUUCUUUGCCUUACAAUCCAAUGUCAGUUAUGACUGGUCUAUAAUUUUAUUAUUUGCACUCCGUUUAUGUUCUUGUAUCUCUGUUGCUGAAUGCAAACAUGGUAGAUUACAACUGGAGUUCAUUUGCUGGCUUUGUUCACAGCUGUGCUGCACAAGGAGAGACAGUAAGUUUUACUUUUGGGAAGCUAGUUUUUUUUUUUCCAAAGGAAAGCUUACUUUCCCCUCUGCUUUUAUUCCCCUUUGCAGAUUGUUCACUUUAACUGCACCCACUAACCCACAUUUGGAGCACUUGUACUGUGAUGUUUGUGAAUGAAGGGGAUAGGUCAACAGUAGGUGGGUAGAAAAGUAAGAUCAGGACACUUUGCAUUCGGUUCAAAUUUAAAUUUGUUCUUAUUCCUAUACAUCCUGACAUGCUCUUGUGAUCUCAGUAGAAUUACAUUCACCAAGGUUUCUUCUAACAUUGCAAUGUUUACAUUUUUCAUUUUACUUAGAACAUUUAAGUUUUGUAGCCAACUAAGGAAAGUUCAGAAGGCCAAAUAAGAAAAAAAAGACAGCUCAACCAUCGAGCACUUUUUUUUCCCCUGUAUUUGUAUGGACAAAGCAUCCAUUAUCAUUAAAGGCAGCUUGUUUAUAGUCAGCAAUGGAAACUAGUCAGAUUGCCUUUAAGUCUGGACUAAUUGGGCCUGGCACCAAGAAUUUCACAGAGGUGGGGAGCACUUUGUGGUAUGUGAGGGGGCUUGUCUACAUUCCACAUAUCAGAUAAAUGCAUGCCUAUUGAAUGCCCAUAUAUACUAAUAUAAUGGGAAAUUUACAUCAUUAGUUCAACAUCCAAUAGUAUCCAAGAAAUUUCAGUACUGGAUAAAUAACACAUUGAUGGCAAGACUUUAAUGGAAAAUAUAUUCAAUUAAUAAGCAUUCCAUGAAGACAAUGUCCUCAGUAAAGAGUCAGUCUUUGCUUUUGAUUUACAUGUUUUAUUACUAUUGUUUUUCCACUUGCCACAGAAUGUCCUAGUCAAAUGCAUCUCGGAGGCCAGCUGUGUGAGGCGCACAUUGUGGUUGUGGAGCAUUGUCAUUCUCUGUUUUUUCAUACAUGGCCCAAAAGUUAAAGCUGAUCACAGAACUGUCUUCAUUUUCAGGACAAACUGGGUAGUCUGCAUCUAAUCUUCGUGUCAUUUCAUCUGCUUCUGAAGACACAAAUGCUCAGCUCAAUUUUCUGAUUUGUAUACCUCCUUGUUAAUUUAAAGGCUGAUGUUGGGCAAAAUUGAGUAAAUUUGGGCUACUGGGCUCAGCAGCCUGUAGUGCAGCAAUACAGUUUUUAUUAAAACAAGCUCAGAGUUUAAAGACAGCAUUGUGAUCACCACAGUACGUUCUCAAGUUCACAUUCAGCCCUUCGUACUUUUCUUUCAUUCCGAACAGCCAUGCAGUGUGUGUGUCCAUUCCUUAAUGCACAUUUAAGCCUUUAAACUGAUUUCAAGGGCAUGCUUCCAAUCACAAUAUCCAGUAACCGUAAAGGCAAAAUCAGGGUUACAUGUUAUAGAUUCAGGUUUUCUGAAUGGGGAAAAAAAGAAUCAAGCUUAAGGGCGUACUCUAAUCAUUCUGUUACACCAUGCUGGAUUAAACAAUCUUUUUUUUACUAAGUGACAGAAACAUCUUCAGGCCUGGCUGAGCUAGGUUGCCUUUAUCUUAAUCAUCCAGACUGGUUGUACAGUAGCUACAGUGGCCUGACAGUUGUUAGGUGAGAGCAUUUCAUUUAGAAUUUUUUUCCAUAUAAUUUAUCUCUAUUGGAGAUUAAUUGGAAUAGGCUUGUUCAUAUUUAAACACUUCCUGAUUUCCAUUAUUCUAGAUGUAGAUGAUGAGGGAUCAUAUCCCAUUUGUAUUGACUGGACUGCACAAACCCUGCUCCCUGCUCCACUUUCUCCAGGUGUUGAUGUAAGAGAACAUUGUAGGAACCUGAAGGAGGUUACUCAGCUGUAGGUAUUCUGGGAAUUGCACAAUUAUUGAAGCAUUCACCUUCUACAUGUACAAUCUUGACUGAAAUGCCCUGAACAAGCUCCAAUUUAAUUGGCAUAAUUAAAGUUUAUCAAGGCUGAGAAGAAUGACAUGGUGUGCUUAGCAGGUUGGUCUUGGAUAGGUAUUUCCCUCCUGGAUUCUCUUAGGUGGCAUCAGUGCUGGGGCAAGUUCUGCUUAGAAGCAUUAGUUAAGUGGCAGCUAACACUACACAGGAAUAACUGAUUUCUGAUGCUUAGUUUGAGCACCAUUCCUUGAUUUCCUCGCAUGCAUAUCUGAAAACAUACAAGCAUUGCUGUCAGUACAAGUACAUUUCCAAACAUGUACAGUUAAAACUGAAAAUAUCUAUUUCAAAAGAUGUGAAAGUUACAAGUAUUGUAUUUUUGCUGUUAAUUUGUUUCUGUGAAGGUGUUGUGUUUCAGCUUUUUCUUCUGAUAGCUAGUUAUUAGCCUUUUUUGGGGUUUUUUUUUUUACUAUUUGUGGCCAAUGAAUGUAACAGGGUUUAUCCAUAUUUCUUAGUUCACUAAAGCUGUCCGCAAAGCACUACCAUGUUUAAAUAAAGUUUUAUUGCACUGUU